GGAACAUGUGAAGCAGCGAUGUUAGCAUGAAAUAUGUUUAACAUUGACAGAUUCAAUUUAAUAAAAAAAAACUAAAUACGAGAAUCUUUUAAAAAACAAGUAAAAACAGUAAUAUUUAGGGGCCGAGGACGGGCGUUAGGUAGAUAGCGGAUUAGCCGAUUUGGAAAUGAUUUAUGAGGAGUUGAUGGUGAAGAGUUGAAGGAAAGAGAGGAUGAAGUGCUUUAGGUGUCCAGCCCGACACGGGUAUGCGGUGGAAAUGUCCCCGUUUCUCCCCAACACACUGGCCUGUGCUACAGCCCAGUAUUACGGCAUAGCAGGAUGUGGAACACUGCUGGUCCUGGAGCAAAGGGAAACAGAUAUUUUGCUCAUGAGAAGCUUUGACUGGAACGAUGGUCUGUUUGACGUGACGUGGAGCGAGACCAACGAGCACGUGCUGGUGACCGGAGCUGGUGAUGGCUCCCUGCAGAUUUGGGACACAGCGAACCCACGAGGGCCUAUCCGCGUGCUGAAGGAGCACACUCAAGAGGUGUACUCAGUGGAUUGGAGUCAGACACGGACCGAGAACCUGGUGGUGUCAGGAUCCUGGGAUCACACAGCCAAAGUGUGGGAUCCAGAGCGUCCUCAGUCCGUGUGUACGCUUCAGGGUCACGAGGGGGUCGUGUACAGCACCAUCUGGUCUCCACACAUCCCAGCCUGCUUCGCCUCGGCAUCAGGAGAUGGCACACUGAGAGUUUGGGACGUGAAAGCCGGCUCGUGUCGACUGGCCAUUCCGGCGCACAAGGCCGAGAUCCUUAGCUGUGAUUGGUGCAAAUAUGACCAGAACGUGUUGGCGACGGGCUCCGUAGACUGCAGCGUGUGCGUGUGGGAUCUGCGCAACGUCCGCCAGCCUGUAGCUCAACUGCUGGGCCAUUCUUAUGCUAUCCGGAGAAUAAAGUUCUCCCCAUUUUACAAGGCCGUGUUGGCGUCAUGCUCCUACGACUUCACCGUCAGGGUCUGGGAUUUCUCCAGGAGUCCGCCGCUGCUCGACACCAUGGAGCACCACUCAGAGUUUGUGUGCGGCCUGGACUUCAACCUGCACGUCCCCAACCAGUUGGUGGACUGUUCCUGGGACGAGAUGGUAAAAAUCUACACCCCUCCAUGUCUGGCUGCUACGCAGCCCAGUACAGCGUAAAGAAAAAACAACACUGUGACUGCAGAAGGGCUCCGAGUCUGGAGGUCCACCACUGCACUCUUCCUAAAGGAGGACACUGCUCCAUGUGAAUAGUACCGUGCAAAACAGACCCAAGAAUCCUGCUGAGAAGUUUUUAAUGCAAAAUGUUUCUGAAAAUCCAUGUGUGGAAUGUGAAGUUCCAUUGAAAAGACACUUUACUGGUUCACAUGCAGCUUUAGAGUGCUUUAUAAAACUGGAUGAAAUCAUGAUGAUUCCUGUUAGGUGAUAAACACAUGCUGUGUAGACUUCUAAUGUCUGGUCCAUGGUAUAAUUGUCUUGUAUAGAAAGUGAAUCAUAAAUGAAGUCAUAAUUAAAAUUUCUAAUUAAAAUGGUACGCCUUCCGCAGGUUUGUCUUGACGUUUAGAGUAAAACCUCUCUAUUUGAACUAACAAAAUUUUUUCUUCGGCAUGCAUUUCACCCAAAAAGUCACAUUAUAGCAAUUUCACGUCUGUUUUUGCUGAGACCCCGAGCUAAACAACACCUUGAUCAAAGCGUGACAUUCACUGUGUGAGGAAAUCACAACUCGGCUAGCAGAAUUUUAGACAUCUUCAGGCAAGCUUAGUGUUUUUGCCAUAGUUUUUCCAUUUAGCAGUUUACAUGUGCUUUAACUUGGUACUGCUUUACACAAUGGCAAAAUUGCACAACUUAAAUAAACACUCAGAUCUUGGCUUUGACUCUUUAUUGUGAUCAUAAAUGUAUGUAUAGCUAGAGCAAAUUUUCCAUUUCAUUGAUUUUCUGCUAUAACACUCCAGGCGAUGAAGUUAAACUGCCUCUUUUUCCAACAAGAUGCUGCAGAAAGCCAUAAUUAAAAAAAAAAGAAAAACAUUUCCAUAUUUUCCCCAUUCCACAUUUCCAUUAAAUGUAUUUCUUUCUUUUGUUUCAUAUGUUGAGGCAUCAACAUAUGUCGUACCUCAGGCCAAGAUUUUUCUUUUUUUUUUCGUCUUCAGUUUUCUGCGCACUUGGAAAUCAGAUGUUUAGAUUGCCCUUAAAAUAAAAUAAAAAAUAGUUUAAAAAUCUAAGGUCUUUAUAACCUAAAUUCUGAAUGUGUUUUAAAG